UGAGUUCCUGGUCUCAUCAUCUUGUGAGCGUCUUCAAAGAGUAUCUUCAGAGUAUAUACUCGAGCGCCUGCUAAACGUGCUAGACUUCACCUGGCUCUCAUCCUUCCUCUCCAGCCCGGUUGAUACCUUUUUUCUCAGGCAGCAAACUUUCGCCGGUCAACCCGCUGCUUAGCUCGGCUCCACCUUUCAAUUCUGGUCUUUCAGACUCCAUGGGAGCGUUCGUCUGAAGGAACGUCUUCUCCGCACGCCCCCUCUCCAACAUCUACCAUCUACCAACGCUUACCGCGCAUCGAGAUUAGCCAUGGCAUCCUUUGUGGAGGAGCUGUGGUCGAGCAUAUUCACUGCAGGCCCGACCCCAACUCUCCUCCUUGCUACCAACACCACCUUUGCCGCCUUGCAAACUCUCCUCUUCGUUCUCCUUCUAGCCACAUACAGCAUUCAUUUUGUUAUCCUAUCGAUCCUCUCGGGCGCGCUCUGGUAUUCGAUCAACUGGUUUGCUCAGGAGUUGAAGCAAAGCCAAGGUCAGUCGGCUCGGCAGGAAAUAUCAUCAGAGAAGACGGCCGAGACGGCCAAGUUUACAGAGAGUGAUGCAAAGACGCGUGGGACAACAGAGGGUGCGGAUAGUGACACAGAGACAGAACAUGUAAUGAGCCUGAAUACGGGGCAGCCGUCUGAAUCAGCCCCACAAUCAGCCACUGCGUCGACUUCACUUCAGGUUCCUGAUGGCUCGAGCGAAGUUCGAAAGCGCCUUAGUCUGAGCGGCGACAGUUCCGGGUACGCAAGUACUGAUAGUGAAUGGGAAAAGGUGGAUGACAAGAGUGCAAAGUGAGAGCGACUUGGCAGAUGGACUGGAGGAGAACUAUGGUUCUGUUUUUGUUAUAUGCUGCUUGAGACGGGUCGGCCGCAAUACGUCUGGGCAUGAACAGCAUGCUACCUGUGCAUAUUCUCGAGGGCAUUCUUAUAGCGGAGAGAUACCCCAUAGAUGCCGAUGCCUG